AUGUACGGAGAUGCCUGGGCAUCACAGAGAGGGCCUAUUCAGGUCAGAACAGGGCGAGGGAAGCCCUGUGGCCAUAACUCAAAGAUCAAGAUAAAUCAUGGAAAGGAGCCUGGCACAGGGCCAGAUUCAGACAACUGCUACUCACACAAUCAGGCAGACGGACACACGAAUCUCUCAUCAUCAUCAGAACAAUCAUCAGAGUCGUCAUCGUCGGAUGAGGAGGGGAGUGAGACGAAGCCCUUCAGGUGCACGCUGUGGCGCGGCAGGGACUGCAGGACGGCCAUCCUGGGCGCGUGCGAGAACAACAACAGCGUGGCGCUGCGCUGGCUGCUGGGGCAAGGUGCCACGUGGGGCGACGUGAACGCGACAGAUGCCAACGGCAGGCUACGCCACAAUGCAGGUGGCAUCGUUGUCUUUGUGCCCGUGUGCCCGCGGUCCACACAGACGGGUCUGGCCGUGGCGAGCAGUUGCGGCUUCGCGGGAGUCGUGUCUGUGCUUCUGCAGUGUCCCCUGGUUGACGUGCAUCUUCCUGACAACGAGGGCAACACUGCACUCAUGCUGGCGGUGCAGGCAGGUAACGUCGCACCACGUGUGCAAAACCCUCCAAGGGGAGCGGACGGGCAGAUAACAUCUUGGAGUGGUAGCAUAGCCCAGUGGCACCAGGUCUCAACCACACUCACCAGGUCUCAACUACACUCAACACUCACCAAGACUCAGAUAACACCCAGCAAGACAAAUAUCACACUCGCCAGGUCACAAUCACACUCACCAGGUCUCACCCCCCCACCCUCACCAGGCGAUGUGGGCAUCACGCGCCAGCUGCUGUCGGUGGAGGCGGUUGUGGCGCGGGGCGCGCUGGAGGUGCCCAACGCGCUGGGCCUCACCGCGCUGAUGCAGGCCGCGGUGCAGGGCCGCCUGCACUGCGCCCGCCAGCUCGUGCUCGCAGGCGCGGACAUGGAGGUGCGGGACAGCGGCCGCGGGCUGCGGGCCCAGGAGUGGGCCCUGCUGGGUGGACGCGCGGACACAGCGGCCCUGCUGGAGCGUCUGGCGAAGAUGGGCCAGCCCGAGUGGCUCCAGUGCGACGGGUACCGCCUGGGGUCCCCAUGCCUCGGUGGCCAGUGCGACGACCGCGCCUCCUCCACCGGCCAGGGGGCCGCUGGUUGCUUCCUGAGGGCCCUGCGAGCUCUGACGGACGCGUGCUUCCCGGGGGGGCCCCAAGACAACGGCGCGCUCGACCACAUGGUCCGCGCAACCACGGCCGCGUCCGGCCCCUUCGUCGGCACGGCGUGCAAGCCUUGCUUUGGCGGCACCACCCGGGACUCGGGGGCCACCGUUGAGGCGCCUCCAAGCGCCGCGACGGCGCGCGGCGGCGACCCCAAAGUCGUGGGGCCAUGGGCCGGCGCGCCGUCAUACUUGCGGGGUGCCUCCCGUGGCCAUGGCCGCGUCGCGUGGGCCACGGGGUGGAUGCCGACUCGGCCCCGGCGGCUCCGAGUCGGCGUCCGCCCCGAGUCACCGCUGCCGAGCAUCCGGCUCAGCAAGGUCGGGAGGGUGACUCCUGCACCCGAGGAAGGCGCCCGGAGUCCCCGCGGCAUCCAGAGCGCACAACUCCUGUGCGUCUCCUGCCCCUGAGCGCACUACCGCGUUCGAGUCUCCGCUUGUGUCGGGGGGAGCAGCUGGACGGGUGGCGGGCACGCUGCCUUCUGCCCCCUCCCCCCCUCUUCCCUUUGCUCCCCCACACCUUUGUAUGUCCCCGGAUCCCAGAACCCCCCCAGUUUUUUAAGCUCUCUCUGGAUCCUCUACGCUCCCCCUCGCUUCACUCUGCUCCCCGUUGUGUCGAGGCUUGCGCCUCCGAUUUGCCCUUGACCCUCGCUGCCCCCCUCCCACGUGUCCCCCCUAUUCGCUGCCCCCCUCCCACGUGCCCCCCCCUGUUCGCUGCUCCCCUCCCACGUGUCCCCCCUGUUCGCUGCUCCCCUUCCACUCGACUCGGAUUGCGGGCUCGGCGCGGGGCGGCACGGCACGGUAGUGUUUAUUUAAAAUGGCGAUGGGCGGACAAGAGCUCAUCUCGGCAACACUCACUCCACAUAAAACCGCACGACGGUUACCACACGCGGGGUCACAGACAUGGCCUCACUUCGGGGCAUGACCCCCCCUGGUGGGGGGGGGGGGCUGAGAGGGGGGGGGAGGGGGACACCCGCUGUGGGGGAGUGAAUCGCGGGGACCCUGCAAACCCGACACCUCGCACCGAGGAAGCGAAUACAAAAACCACCAAGACGGCAGCACAGGACCACGGCUGGCGGAGGGGCGGCACGGCAUCGCGGCAGAGUCUGCCGGGUCCCUCCCCACCGAAGCGGCUCCGUGUGGUGACGGUAACCGGUUGCUUUGUGUAAAAACCCUGCUCGGCGUUCUGCACCAAACCCUUCAGGGCGAGUCG